AAAAGACAAUUUUGGAGGAUUUCAAAUCGACCAUUAUUUCCCGCACAAUUAUCACUUGUUUUGCUGCGUUUUUCAUCUCGCAGCGCCAAUCUUCAUUGGAAAAAAAUAUCUGCAUAUCUUCUCCAUUUGCUUCCAUUAAGAAGAAGUAUCGGUCACAACGAGUUACGAUAACGAUAUGUACAGAGACGAGGAAGGGGAGCCACUGGUGGACUUCAAUGAGGAUGUCCAAUCCGAUCAAGAGCAACAUGACAACUUCCUUGACAAUCUCGAUGACAAUGAUGUGUGGAAUCAGAGGCAGCAAGAACGCUCACCAACUCCUGUUUAUAACGAAUCUUAUCACAAAUCGAAGCCGAGGAAGGGGUUGAUCAAGAAGUCGUCAGCGAGAGAGAGUACACCCGGCUUUGAGAUUGUGGACAAUGAUGCUUCUGGUGGUUCCACUGAUGAUGACAUGGCCAGGAUUAUGAGGGAUGAGUCAGAUGGUGGUGGUCCUUCACUAUCGCCCAAAAACGGUGGAAAGAGAAAGAUGUUUGGGAAGGAGAUAAGUGGAGAGAAGAGAAAAGAGAAAGGUGAAAUGAAGUUUAUGUUAAGGAAGAAUGGGGGUUACUCUGGGGGAAGCAGGUUGAAAGAUCAGGAUGGCGUGCAGGAGAUGAAGGAGAUGUGGGACACCGUUGCUGGUGAUGACUCUGAGGAUGACCGUGAAAGUGGAAAGACAGUGGAUGAUGAUAACUUCAUUGAUGAUAGUGGUUUAGAUCCAGCUGACAGGUAUGUAAGCGACAAUGAACCACGAUCACCAAGCAGUGCUCCACAGGCUGAAGAAGGAGAAGAUGAUGAGGAAAUCAAGCAUCUCUUUAGGGGUGGCAAGAAGACAAAGAAGAAUGAAAAAAGCGCAGCAGAAAUUGCAUUGCUAGUAGAGAAUGUUAUGGCUGAGCUUGAAGUUGCUGCGGAAGAAGAUGUAGUACUGAGUAGUCAGUCAAAACCUGCUAUAAAUAAACUUAAAAAGCUUCCUCAACUUAUAGAAGUUUUGUCAAAGAAACAGCUUCAGCAAGAAUUUUUAGAUCAUGGAGUGUUGACUCUUUUAAAGAUUUGGCUUGAACCCCUUCCAGAUGGAAGCUUACCCAAUAUAAAUAUCCGUGCUGCAGUCCUAAAGAUCCUUACUGAUUAUCCAAUUGGUCUAGAACAGUAUGAUAGAAGAGAGCUGCUGAAAAAGAGUGGUCUUGGAAAGGUCAUUAUGUUUCUGUCGAAGUCGGAUGAGGAGACUACAGCAAACCGGAAACUUGCUAAGGAUUUGGUUGACAAAUGGAGUCGACCAAUAUUCAACAAGAGUACAAGGUAUGAGGACAGGAGAAACUAUAAAGAUGAAACAGCUGCCCAUUACAGACGGCCAUCCAUGAAAAGGCCAAUCAACAAAGCUUCAAGAAUGGAGUCUGGAGAUGAUGACCUUGACUUGGCUAGAUUUUCACAGAGCCAAAAGUCUGGUCAGUCAUCUUCCAGGCAGGUUACAACAAGGCCUGAAGCAAUGUCAAUGGAUUUUGUGGUGCGGCCACAAUCCAAGAUUGAUCCUGAUGAAGUUAGGGCAAGGGCUAACGCAAUGGUUCUGGACCAGCACCGACAGAAGAUGAAUAAGAAACUGCAGCAACUAAAAGCUCCAAAAAAGAAGGGACUCCAAGCUACCAAACUCAGCGUGGAGGGUCGUGGCAUGGUGAAGUACCUGUAGUGGCAUAUAGCUCGCGUGUUUAUCAAGGUAUAGUAGCACGAUGACUCAAUUUCACACAGUUGUCGUGCAUUGUUAGGAUGACUGCUUCUGUGCUCACAGUAUCUGUGAAAUGGCUACUAAUAGUGCCUCACUACUGUUCAGUGUCUGUGCAAACUUCGUAUCUUCCAUGCUAUUUUGCAGGCCUGUGAGAACCAAAAAACAAAAGAUUGGAAAGGUAGUUGAUAUCGUUUUACUUUUCAUUUCCCAUUUGUUAGGUUUCUAACUUUCAAGUCAUUGAUGUAAUCAGUCUUUUGCUUCAUGCAAUACUUCCGAUGUUCACAUCAAACCAAUGAAUACUUUUGACAUUUGUCUUCUAUGUACAGUUUAGUCACUUAACCAAGGUUAAUUAUCAUGUAUUCUUAUCUUAGUUUAUCACAUAGUAAAAGUAUGAUUUG